AUGGAGCCCGUGUCCGCGCUCGGCGUAGCUUGCAACGUGCUGCAGCCCAUCGACGUCGCGUGGCAGGUCGUGUCAGGCGCGCGGGGCACCGCGGGGCCGUUGACGGGUCGAGCAGCAGCACCAAGACGCUCGACGCUGUGGCCGACAACGUCGCCUAGCUCUACCUCGUCGAGAUACCGUGGCACGAGCGUCCCAGGGCCAUGGCAAGCGUUUCUAUACCGCCUGGAGGGCGACGACGCCCAGCCGCCGCGGUACGGCGCCGACGUGGUCGAGAUUUUCCGCAUCCUCAUCGCCGCCGGGGCCAACCUCAACGCGCCCUGGCGAGGCUCGACGUUCCGCAGCGAAAUCAUGCGCAUCCUCCCACGUGACCAGGCCGCAAUGGUGCUCACGGCAGAGCCCCAGCCGUCAGCUAAUGAAGAAGGGGGGCUCCUCGGCGCACCCACACUUGCCUUUCCUACCGCCCACCCCCCGUAG